GAUCCCCGCUCAUUGCAUAUCAUUUAAACAAUUUUUUGGUACGCAUGCCUUCUCUUUGAGAUCUUCUCAACAUGGAUGAGGAAGCAGUGGAACAAAAUAAUGCUUGUAAAAAUCCUGCUAAUAGAUCUAUUACAACGGUAGAGGAGCUAAGAAUAGCCCUUGAAAAAAUGGGUUUAAGCACGAAAGGCCACAAAGCAGAAUUAAAGCGACGUUACAGAAAGGCUUCUAAAAAGCAGAAAGAAAAAGAGGACGACGUAAAAACGACAGUAGCGUACCGAGACACCAGUGAAGCUACAAAUGUAUCAGAGAAAGCAAUUACAGAAGCAACUGUUAAUAUGAUGGAGGAGGCUACUACGAUUGAAAAUUUGAUAGAGUCGAAGGCAUCUGAUAAAAAGAAACAGCCUUUCGAUUACUAUUUAUUUUUCGACGUGGAAGCUACUUGUGAAGAAAACGGUGGUUUUACGUAUCCCAACGAGAUCAUUGAAUUUCCUGUUGUUUUGGUGGAUGGAAGCACUUUCGACAUUGUGGAUGAAUUCAGAUCAUAUGUUAAACCAACAAGAAACCCCAUUUUAUCAGAUUUUUGUAUUAAACUGACAGGUAUUCAACAGUCAACAGUAGACGAAAGCCCUACAUUUGUGGAGGUUUUGGAUUUAUUCCAAGAAUUCAUGGCAAAAUAUGGUCUGUUUCAAACAAAAUCAGCCACCUUUGUCACAGACGGUCCAUUCGAUAUACGCGACUUUAUCACAAAACAAUGCAAACACAGCAAAUUAAAAAAGAGACCUGCCUAUUUCGAUAUACCCUGGGUCAACAUUAGACAAAGUUUUAAAAGGUUCUAUAAGCAAACGGAGAAUAAGAAUAUCAGCAUGAUGUUGAGCUAUCUCAACAUGAAAUUUGAAGGCAGAGAACACUCAGGCUUGGAUGAUGCCAGAAAUUUAGUUGCUAUAGGGAAAAGAAUGCAUGAAGAAGGCUGUAUAUUUAAACCAAACUGCAAUUAUAGUUUUCGUAACAAUCAGGUUUAUUAUCAGACAAAUAAACAGAAAAGGAGGAGAUAG